GGGAAAACAAAGUAUUCACAUUUCACAUUUGAAAUCUCCGCUGGAGAAUUCAGAAAUCUUCCUUGUGAAACCCAUGGUAGAUUUUGAUACUGAAUUUUGCUGGUGAUGAUGGAUCUGACCAUCCCCCUCAUCUCAGUAGCAGGGCUAAGACCAGCUAGCAGCUACCAGAUGGUAAGGUGGUAAAGCUUGUGUUUACACUUAAGAUUCAUCAUUGGAUUCGUCUAUAUCACAAGUUCCCCUUCAGAAAAACAAAAGUAUGGCAGAUUGUAAUUAAGGGGCUGGUUGUGGGGAUUCAGCCUUUGUUCGUAAAUGAAAUUGAACAGAUUAUGAAUGAAAUAGAUCGAAAUAACAAAUAAAAACAUGUGAUCUAAUUGGUAUUGUCUGGGUGGAAUUCAUUAUUCGCUUUUUCAAAGGAAGCAGCAUGAGAUGUAUUAGCCCUCAAGCAAAACCUGGCUGAACUCCUUGCUCAGAACUUCAAGGAUGGUACACUGGGAAACCAGUAUAAAGUGUAUGAAAGUUUACGUGGGGACGAUGACGCUUGGUUUAUUGUUCUUGCACUAGAAUUGUUCUGUACCGAAACAGAAAAGAGAUUUAGAGAAAUUAACGAGAAACACAUGAAACCUUACAUGGAUAUACCUGCAAUCGCAAUCUAUGUUGAAACUAUAAAAAGUAGCAGCUUAUGGUACGUGUAUGGGAUGUGAUAAGUUAACUCAGGCUUGUUGUGAAUAUAUGCAAAAUAGCUGUGCGAACCACAUAGUAGGCUGUCACAAGGCAAUGAUGAAGCUAACCUGUGAGUUUAAUCGUACAAAAGGUGUAUUUCAGAAAAUUAUCGAGGUAGAGCGGGAGAUCAACAUUUUGUCUGGAGAGGGACCGCAACCAGCACCACCAAAUUACAACUGUUUGACUAGGGAGGAAGUGUCAAUAGCACCACCUACUUGCAACAUUUUGACUAGAGCUGAAGUGCCACCAGAGGAAAACUCCAUUAUUGAAGCAAUAGCGAUACCAGUGACACCAACUUACAACUUUUUGACUGGAACAGGAGCGCCAUCAUCGCCACCAACUCACAACUCUUUCACAGGAGCAGGAGCUACACCAGCGCCUCCACCGACUCGCAACUUUUUAACUGGAACGAGAGCACCACCAUUGCCACCAACUCACAACUCUUCCACCGGAGCAGGAGUUACACCAGCACCACCGCCAACUCACAAUUUUUUGACUGGAGCGGGAGUGCCACCAGUUACAUCAACAGACAACUUUUUGACUGGAGACGCGCCAGAACCACCAAAGAACAACUCUUUGACUGGAGCAAGAGCGAUGCCAGCGCCACCAAAGAACAACUAUUUGACUGGAGCAAGAGCGAUGCCAGCGCCACCAACUCACAACUCAUUGACUGGAGCAAGAGUGAUACAAGCGCCACCAAAGCACAACUGUGUGACUGGAGCAAGAGCGAUACCAGCGCCACCAACUCACAACUCUUUGACUGGAGCAAGAGCAACACCAGUGCCACCAAAGCACAACUCUAUGACUGGAGCGGGAGCCCCACCUCUGCCAACUCACAGCUCUUCGACUGGAACACCACUAGCCCCACCCACGCCACCAACUGAAAACUCUUGGGCUGGAGCUCCACCACCCCCAGCAGCGCCACCAACUUACAACUUUUUGACUACCAAAAAGAGAGCGAGAGCACCACCAGCUUAGACGCAUUUUUCAUCAAUCUUCUUGCAAGCCCAUUGGUUCCAUACUUGUGAUCUCCUAUCUUGAGGUCUUACUGUCUGCUCUUUACAUCGACUUAUAACAGUGCACAAUCUUCCCAUCAAUAAUACAAUCUUCCAUUAUUGAAGAAAAUACUUCUUGAAAA